CCGUCCGGAGCUCGAACUGUUUAGCGGGAAGCCGCUACUCCAGGUCGAGCUAACGGCGUCAACAAAACACUAAAGAAAGUGAGGAUUGAAUACGUUUUGUUACAGAACGUCACGACAUUAAGAAAGAGCCGAGGGACCAAAGUGCCUCCGGGCCAGAAGCUCGAGAGCCAGAUGGAGUCCACCAGUCCGUCUGCUGUGGACCAAGCCAGCUUCUUUGAAGGACUGGAGCGGAAUGACAGCAACCCUCUUCACAGCACUGCCUUGGAGGAGCACUUGGAUGUCCAGGAGGAGGGACAGUUGGACAAAAACCGAGGUCAAAGAGGAAAAAUUGCUCCUGUGGAAAAGCAGGGAGCUGCUGCGAAGAGAAAAGUCUCAGUAGGCGAGGAUGAGGAGAGGAAGAAGAAGAGCAGGACUGAUACAGGAGGGAAGGGAAGAGCCAGGCAACAAAAGGGAGCAGCACAAAGGCAGCCGGGCGAGACAGCGGAGAGGUCCAAAACGACCCAGUCCACGACCAGCCGGCGUCUGAGUGGGAAGAAGCCUGUUGCGAUGAGGAAGGCCCCGGGAAGGACGUCUGCUGGAAGACCGGCACAGAGGCAGCAGCUGGAGGAGGAGGGCGAGACGGCGAGCGAAUCAGCUGACGAGAGGACUUCAGAGUCUGAGGAGGAGUCUGACUCUGAUGGAGCUCGGAGGAAUCGCAGGAGGAACAGCAGGAAGCUCCCUUCCUCUGAUGAGGAAAAUGAUGAAGGCAGCGUUUGGCAUCCGAGUCCAGUGACGACUAAACGCCUGAGUAAACAGCUCAGUUUGGGAAGAAAGUCCUCAUCAGAUAAGACUAAAGAUGCCAGAGCUGUCGGCGGCCGGGGAGGAUCCCAGUUAGAGGUGGUGCUGGAUGCCGUGCUGGAUUUCUGCCAGCAGUACAGCGAGACGGUGGAGUCGGCGGGAGUCAGAGAGUCUGUCGGUUGUUUCGCCAACAACGUGAAGGCUCAUCUGGAGGAACAGAUCUCAUCUCUGAAGGACUUCCGGUCUUUGAAAAGAGAGAACAUAAAGGUAACAUUCAUGCUUCUGCAGCGUGACAUCCAGCAACUCCAGGUGGGCUCUCUGAUUCGAACGAAGACUCGGAGACUGUUGAACGCCAAACACGAGCUAACGAGGGCAGAGAGGCAGCUGUGGCUGCUGGAGAAGGAGAAAGCGGAGCUCCAGCAGAGACUAGUCGAUCUCAGAAGAGGCAGAGCGUUCCUCCGCGACGUCAGGGAGCUGACCACGCGUUACCUGGCCUACAGACGCAAGCACCCCGCUGAGAAAGAGACGUUUGGAGCAUCCAGUUUACCGGCUCUGUUGUUGGAAACAAAGCUGAUUCAGAGACCAGUUCAUCCUCCCAGUCAAGUCCAGGCUAAGAAGACGGCUCGCAAAUAAUGAGCAUUUUUUGUAUGUAACUAUAAUGUAAGAUAAACAUGUUCAAUAAAUGCGGCUUUUCAAUA